AUGACAGCUCUGUCGACUGAAGGCUACGCACAAGGCUGGCUCGAUGCAAGUAUCACUUAUGAGAAGAUCUUGGGGCAACGACCACUUCUCGGCGGUAGUCCUGAAGAUAUCAUUGCUCAAUUCAACGGUCUCAACGCUCAAUUGGCUGCUCAAAGCCCUCCUCCGGAUGCCUCCGUUGUCAUAGAAGAUACCGUCGCCAACGGCGUUCCCGUCAGAAUCUACACCCCUCCCGAUGCCACAGGCAAGAAACUCCCUGUCGGCGUUUACUAUCACGGUGGCGGGUAUCUUGUCGGUAGUCUUGACUCCGAAGACGCCUGGUGUAGAUUUAUCUCCAAGCACACGCCUUGCAUCCUCGUGUCAGUUGACUACCGCUUGACGCAGACAGACAAGUGGCCCGCUCAAAUCGAUGAUUGUCUCACUGCAUAUAAAUGGGUCCGGGAAAAUGCCUCCAAGAUCGGUGGUGACCAAUCCAAGGUAUUCACAGUCGGUGCCUCGGCAGGGGGUGGUCUCGCGUGCGGAGUCGCAGAUCAACUUAUCAAGUCCGGGUCUGGCUCUCACGUUCAGGGGAUUGUAGCCAUGGUUCCUGUCGCCGCGAACCUCUCGACCAUCCCCGCCGAGUAUAAGUCCCAGUACACCGCCUAUAUCGAAAAUGCGACCGAUGUCCCGGUCAUCGAUGCCGGCACCAUGAAGACGUUCAUGGAGGCUGCAGCUGUAGAUGACAACGACGAGAAGGCGUUCGUGACGUUGAGCAAAAAUUUGAAGGACUUCCCUCCGACUUAUAUUGCUACCUGUGGCAAGGAUCCUCUGAGAGACGACGGGAAAGUUCUGGAGGCCAUGUUGAAGAUGGAGGGUGUCAAGACGAAGAGUGAUUUUUAUGAUGGGGUGCCGCACUAUUUCUGGCUGUUCCCUGGUGUUGAGAGGGGCGAGGAAUUCCUCAUGAACGUGGCGAAGGGUGCCCAGUGGGUUAUCUCUCAGGCGUAG